GAAUCGUUAUCGUCGCCAUUUUGUUUACAUAUUGAAGCAAUUUUCUUGAUGUCGCCGGGAGUCGUACUGCUGACGAUCAAAUAGACACGAAGCGUCAUUUUAGUGUAUAGUCGCUUCGUUUAAUCUUUUUGUUCUGUCAUUUCCUAAUUCUUAUACAGACGGAAUAUCAGUGUCAUGGAGGUUAGAUAUAGAAAGUUAAGGACAGAAAAUGAAGAUAUUCUUGAAACAGAACCGAAACCUCGUAUUAAGAAGGGUCACCCAAGCAAAAGAUAUUUUGUUGUCGUUGCAUUGUUGGGAAUUCUCUUCCUGGGAUACAUAGCAAUAGCAUAUGAUCUGAAGCCAGUACGUCUUGGUAGCAAGGCAAUUGAUACAUUGGCCUUCUCCUUCAAUCUGCAAAAACCAUUUUAUGUCGUAGUGAUUGACGCGGGGUCUACUGGCAGCCGUGCUUUAGCUUUCAGUUUUCAUGAAUCAAUUUUGGGAGGUAAUUUGGUUUUGGAUGAUGAACUGUACACUGAAACGAAACCAGGUCUUAGUGCAUAUGCGGAUAAGCCUAAGGAUGCUGCAAAAUCUCUGACAGUAUUACUAGAUAAGGUCAAGGAAGUUAUUCCACAUUCAGAAUGGCAACGCACACCUCUCAGUAUGAGAGCCACUGCUGGUUUGAGGCUUCUUCCUGGACACAAAGCUCAAGAAAUACUCCAAGAAUGCAGGAAAAUGUUCGAAGAAAGUGGUUUUCAGAUUUCAAAAAAUUCAAUUUCAAUAAUGGAAGGUACGGAUGAAGGUAUCUUCUCAUGGUUCACUGUAAAUUUCUUACUGGAACGGUUUAAUACGCACAAUUCUGGUAGCACAGUUGCUGCACUUGAUCUUGGUGGUGGUUCAACGCAGGUGACUUUUUCACCGGAUCCCGCACAGGAAAAGAAACUUGAUGGACAUAUAUACUCUGUUAAUAUCUUCAGCCACAACAUGAGUGUUUAUACACACAGCUAUUUGGGUAUGGGUCUUAUGGCAGCAAGAAAAGAAAUUCUGACGCACGGCAUGAAUUUGGAUAAUACAAAUUCAAAAACUACCAUAGAAGUGCGAUCUGAAUGUGUAAAUCCCAUAGUUUCCACGGAAUGGAGUUAUGGAGGACUUAAUUAUCUCAUUAAAGGACCCAUGAACGGGACUCAUAAGUUGGUCAAAACACAAACCUUUGCUGGUGGAGAAGUGGACAGACCAAUUGUUAAUUUUUCUGAAUGUUUAAAAAUUAUUGAAAAAUAUGUUGGUAAAAUAAAAAAUAAACCAGAGGGUUUAAAACAUCAUGAAAUUCACGCAUUUUCUUACUACUUCGAUCGUGCUACAGAGGUUGGUUUAGUCGAUCCCUUUUUAGGCGGUGUUAUUCAUGUGGGCGCGUUUUUGAAGCAAGCAAAUGAGGCUUGUGAUUACCCCAAUACUGAUCAGCCCUUCAUUUGCCUUGAUUUAACAUUUAUUUAUGUUCUUCUUCACAAUGGGUUUGGCCUAGAACCUACUACGAAACUUUAUAUAAUGUUUCGAGCAACUGUAGUAUUGAAGAAUGCGAACGUGAUCGAUAAUAAAAAUCAGAGAUUCUUAAGAUUUGAUGUUUGA